AUGCGCCUCACCUUGGUGCUGAGCUUCUUCCUGGUGCUGGCUCAUGUCCAGGCGACACGUAUCCUGGAGGGUCAUGGCAGGACCCUGCAAGAAGUGGAGAUGAUCGGGGCUGCAGGCAGCUCUGUGGAGGAGCAGCACGCUAGUGACGCUCGUGUGAGAGAUGCCGUCGACGAGAUCCGCAGCAAGGCCGUGCAACUCAUGAAGGAGAUCGAUGAUGCUGCGAAGAGCGGCAGCGAGUGGGAGUUUUGCGGCUUCGGCAAAAUCUGCUCAGGCAAAACACCUAAAUGCUGCCAUGACUGGGUAGGAAUUACUCACAUUUCUCGAAUCCACGUGUGCAAACAUAGGUCGUCACCAUGUGAUGACAUACUCUGA